CAUAUGUUAACGGAAUUAAAGUUGAGGGUUUAUUUCAAAGGAUUUUUAGUUGAGAGUUUUAUUUACGAUUCAUCUUUAGUUCAGAGGUUUAAUUACUAAAAACCCUUUUAGUAAUUGGUGUUUACUUAUCGACGAUGCCAAUUCAACUUGGGUUUUUUUACAUAGAUUUCAUGACAACCAAAUUUCUUCCAUACCAUUUGAUUCCAUCCAAACCUCAGCUAACAUAAUUAAAGAGACGGAUAAGAAACUGCAAAGGAAAAAUGUUUUGUAAACACUCAAGUUUGUGUCUAAAUUUUUAAUUAAUAUAGACUUGAAAGCGUUGUGUUGUUGUGUUACAUAACAACUAUAAGUCGUAUGAUCAUAUCUGUAUGAAAAAUACUAUUAUGACACAUACGUUCUGUUAGAAUUCCAAGCUUUCUUUUCAUCUUUAACAUUAUCGGUCAGGUAGGCAACCAAACAACCAGUUUAAUUAUUAUUGAAUUGAGAUAAGGUUUCACUCUGGCAAAUGAUUUCACAGAACAACAUAUACGAUAAAUUAACCAAACUAAAUAAACUGAACCUAAUAAACUAAUUCGGUUGGACUGGUAAGUUUCUCUUCGGUCGAAUUAAACAAAACAAAAUCAAAUCCAAACAGUAAAGAAACAUAUAUCAAUAAUAUCUCUACCAAAAAUCUGUACCACUAAUUUACAUUUACAUGAUACUUGUCCACGUUUCAGAUUCUAAAUAUAGCCACAUUAAUACAUUACACUUAAAGCUAGAAUUAUUUUUCUCAUGGACUAUAUGCUGUGAUUAUAUAAUAAGGUCAGUAACCUAGCUAAAUCCGUAUAUUUAGCUGUAGCCAUUGCCUAAUUUCGGUGCAUUCUGCCAACAAUUUGGACCAAAUUGGUUAGUUUAAAAAACAGUUUGGACCAAAUUAAUUGGUUAGUUUAAAACCAUUAAUUUUGUUCUAUACACGUAAUGCACUAUUUCAUCAGAAAACAUGUGACGUGUAUAAUCGUAUUUUUUUGACAUCUCUCUAUGACUAUAUAUAAUAUUGACUUGUCUAAACAUUUUGUAAUAUAUAGAAACAUGCACAAUUCCGGUAGGUGCAAUAUUGAUAAACUGCCAUUGCAAUAGAGACGAAUCAAUCCAAACCUUAUAACAUAAAACGUUAUAUUUCACUUUCUUCCAUUCUCAUCAGUCGACACAAAAUUAAUAUUCGAUCACAUAACCAAAAGAAGAGAAGAAAAAAAAAUGGUGAUGGAGGAAGCUAGAGCGACUCCGGAUUCUGUCGUGUCAGAAUUUGAAGGGACAAUACUGCGGAACGAAGAUCCAUUCUCUUACUUCAUGCUCGUUGCCUUUGAAGCAUCUGGUCUAAUUCGUUUCGCCGCCUUGCUGUUUCUUUGGUCCGUAAUCACACUCCUUGACGUUUUCAGCUACAAGAACGCCGCUCUCAAGCUCAUGACUUUUGUAGCCACCGUUGGUUUACGCGAACCGGAGAUUCAAUCGGUGGCUAGAGCCGUCCUGCCUAAGUUCUACAUGGAUGACGUAAGCAUAGACACUUGGAAAGUUUACAGCUCGUGCAAGAAGAAGGUCGUGGUUACGAGAAUGCCUCGAGUUAUGGUGGAGAUGUUUGCAAAGGAGCAUCUUAAAGCUGACGAAGUCAUCGGUUCAGAGCUGAUAGUGAACCGGUUCGGUUUUGUCACCGGCCUGACACGUGAAUCCGAUAUCGAUCAAUCUGUUUUGAGCCGUGUUGCUGAUUUGUUUGUUGAUAGAAAGCCUCAGAUAGGUCUUGCAAGACCUGGCAAGACAAUUUCUACAACUUUCUUAUCGUUAUGUGAGGAGCAUAUUCAUGCACCAGUUCCGGAGAACUACAACCACCGCAACAAACACCUUGAGCUACGGCCACUUCCGGUAAUCUUCCACGACGGACGCCUUGUCAAGCGGCCAACUCCACCCACGUCUCUCCUCAUCCUCACAUGGAUCCCAUUAGGAAUCAUUCUUGCCGCCAUCCGGAUCUUUCUUGGAUCCGUCCUCCCAUUUUGGACAACACCGUACGUCUCCAAGAUACUCGGCGGCCAGGUCAUCGUCAAAGGCAAGCCUCCUCAGCCACCGGCGGCCGGAAACUCCGGUGUUCUCUUCGUGUGCACUCAUAGAACCCUAAUGGACCCGGUGGUACUAUCAUACGUGCUAGAACGCAGCAUCCCGGCCGUUACUUACUCAAUCUCACGCUUAACCGAGAUCUUAUCUCCCAUACCAACCGUUAGAUUGACAAGAGUCCGAGAUGUAGACGCAGCAAAGAUCAAACAACAACUGUCUAAAGGCGAUCUUGUUGUUUGUCCUGAGGGAACCACUUGCCGUGAACCGUUUUUGCUAAGAUUUAGCGGACUUUUCGCUGAGUUAACGGAUAGGAUUGUUCCGGUUGCUAUGAACUAUAGAGUUGGAUUCUUCCACGCGACCACAGCGAGAGGCUGGAAAGGUUUAGACCCGAUUUUCUUCUUUAUGAAUCCAAGACCGGUUUACGAGGUUACGUUCUUGAACCAGCUUCCGGUUGAGGCUACGUGUUCGUCAGGGAAGAGGCCGCAUGACGUGGCGAAUUAUGUUCAGAGAAUCUUGGCGGCUACGUUAGGGUUCGAGUGUACUAACUUCACGAGGAGAGAUAAGUAUAGGGUUCUUGCUGGAAACGAUGGAACGGUAUCGUAUUUAUCGUUUCUUGAUCAGUUGAAGAAGGUGGUGAGCACUUUCGAGCCUUUUCUCCAUUAAAAUCAAAUUAGUAAAUUUCUAUUCCGGUUUUUAAUUGCUUCCUCUUGAUUUAUUUUGAUUGCGAUUAAAGUCUGGAUUGAAUUUUGUUUUCAUAGAUGUUUGUAUUAUUGUUUAUAAAUCUUGCUCUUUUUCAGAUGUAAACUAACUCUCCCAUAACUAAUGUUGAAGAAAUAUUUGGGGAUGAAUAGUUUUGUUACUCAAUAUUGUGAAUUCUUGAUUUUUUCUAAAUAUUAAUUUGUUGAUAGAAUUAUUCUGUAUCAAUUAGUUGUUCUCUUGAAAUUUACAAUCUUCUUGUAAGAUAGUACAUAUUUGUACAAAGUUUCUAUAUAUGGUAAGAAAAUGUUGGAUUAGUUGACCAGAAGACUUUGGCUGCCAAUUUUCCGUUACUGUUGGCCUACCGCCAACUCCGUGGAUUCGUUCAGUAUCAACCUGUUUUUCGUUCAUUUAAGAUGAAAUCAAAUGUUAGGUUAAAAGAUAAAUGAUGCUUAAGGAUAAUCACGUGACGAGUCUCGAGGCUAUCGUCACUUAAUAUGAAAUCAUUAUCUUAUAUCACAAGCGAUACAUUUGACCAUAUGGUUCAGACUAUUCCAAGAGUGCAUCAUUCAUUUUUUCUAUGAAUGUAAAUAUCAUAUAAAUGAAAUAUGAUUUACAGAUGAGAAAGCAAAUCUAGAAGCUGUACCACCUUGGCAAAAUAAAAAUAAGAAACAGGGAGGGACAAAGUCUCAAAGAUUUGACCAGACAAACGUUACAAGUUUUCAUCUCAACCAAAGAGACAUCAAGUUACAGAAGUGCUUCCUUUGUCUCCUUGUUGUAAUGGUGUUUCAUAUCUCCUUGUCAAUCAGUCCGUAAUGUUAAAGGUUACAUAUAAAGUUUUUUAGAAAGAUAUUGCGAAGUUGAUUUUUGUAAUACUAUUAAACUUUUGAAAGAAGUGGUCGCUCCCAAUCUUUGUAGUUUGUUAAGGACUAAAAGAUGUUUUUUUUUUUGCAACGAGCCAGGAGAUAGAUAAAGACAUGAUGCCUCCGUGUGCGAGAUUUGGUCUAACUUGUAUGUUUCCUAAUUCAAAAAUGGAGAUGCUCAGUUUAGCACUUUCCCUGUACUAGAAAGGUCGAGAAUGGAUUAAUCUUCCAAUAUACCCGCAAACACCUUUAAGAAUUAAUCAAAAAGUAUAAAUUCAGAAAAUA